GGAAAAUUGGUGGAGCGUGUUGACGACCAUGGCCGCUCUUCCGCCAGUAGCUCGCCUUUCGGUCGCGCCCAUGAUGGAUUGGACAGACCGUCAUUAUCGCUUCAUGAUGCGUAUGAUCACCAAGAAGACGCUGCUGUUCACUGAGAUGGUGGUGGACCAAACUCUGCUGUACCAGAGGAAAAACCUCGACUACUUCCUGGGGCACGACCCCGCUGAAGCCCCCCUUGCCCUGCAGCUUGGCGGCAACAGUGUUGAGGACCUAGGUGCCGCAGCACACCUGAGCCAGUCGUACGGCGGCUUUUGCGAGAUCAACCUUAACACUGGGUGCCCUAGUGCGCUCGUGUCCAGUCGCUGCUUCGGAGCUCGCCUGAUGCUGGAGCCGGAACGUGUGCGGGACAUUUGUGAUAGUAUGCGGCACAGCGUUGCACUGGCAUCGGAGGGAAAUCCAGACCACCCGACGGCCGAAGUGACAGUCAAAUGCCGCAUCGGCGUCGACGAUUGCGACAGUUACGACGAGCUGCACCACUACGUGGCCGCUGUGGCUAGUGCCGGUGUGCGCCACAUUAUUGUUCAUGCUCGCAAGUGCCUACUUAAAGGUUUGAGUACUAAGGACAACCGCACCAUCCCGCCGUUACGCUAUGAGGUCGUGUACAGGUUAAAACAGGACUUUCCUGAGCUGUCCUUCACGCUCAAUGGUGGUGUGAAGAGUAUUCAGCAUGCGCGAGAAUUACUGAACACCACGAAUGUGGACGGUAUAAUGAUCGGCCGCGCAGCGUACAAUACUCCCUGGAACUUUCGCGACGCUGACCGGCUGAUCUUCAAUGCUGAGCGCAAUCCAAAUCUGUCGCGCCGCGAGAUAAUCGAGCGGUAUUUAGAGUAUGCCGAGGAUCUGCAGGCGAAAUGGGGGUCCACGGAGCCACUGAGUGACUCCCCCUACACAAUGGCCACGUCCGCUCUUAUGAAGCCGCUUCUGUCCCUCUUCAAUGGCGAGUUUGGAGGUAAAGCGUUUAAGCGAGAAAUUUCUGCGCAAUGGUCGAAGAAGGGCCCCCGGCCUGAGCUGCGUGAGAUGAUCGAAAGUGCCAUGAAGGUUCUUCCAAGUGAAGUAGUUGAUGCGCGUGUUGAGGACGAGCUUGUCCAGCAGCAGGCUAAAGAAGCAAACUGUAGCUAA